CAACACUAUAUAUAUAUAUAUAAUGAUUUUAAAAUUUAAUUUAUAAUAAAUAAUAAAAUGACAUCAGUACCACCAGUAAAGACCGAAGUGACGAACAAAGUAAGAGAUUUGGAUGUUAAAUAUGGAGAAAUGUCAAAUAAAAAAUUAACAGUACUGGAGUCUCAUGGAUAUGCUAUUGGAAACGUAAUUGGUGUGGGCUCUUAUGCGACAGUCAAAGUUGCAAAGUCAGAACGGCACAAUUGUCGGGUAGCUAUAAAAAUAAUUUCAAAAUUUCAGGCACCAGGUGAUUACUUAAAAAAAUUCUUGCCACGUGAAAUCGAGGUUGUUAAAGGAUUGAAACAUCCUAAUUUAAUUCGUUUUUUGCAAGCUAUUGAAACAACGCAUCGGGUGUAUAUAAUAAUGGAAUAUGCAGAAAAUGGUAGUUUACUUGACAUCAUAAGACGCGAUACUUAUAUCGAUGAAAGUCGUAGUCGUAAAUGGUUUCGUCAACUUCUUGAUGCUGUUGAUUAUUGUCAUGAAAGAGGUGUAGUUCAUAGGGAUAUAAAAUGUGAAAAUUUGCUAAUGGAUAUUAAUUUGAAUAUUAAAUUAUCUGAUUUUGGUUUUGCACGUGGUCAUAUGAAACCAAAAAAUGGUACAACGCCUCUUAGCGAAACCUUUUGUGGUAGUUAUGCUUAUGCUUCUCCAGAAAUAUUGAAAGGUAUUCCAUACCAACCACAAUUAUCAGAUAUAUGGUCUAUGGGUGUAGUACUUUUUGCUAUGGUUUAUGGACGACUUCCUUUUGAUGAUACAAAAUAUACUCUCCUUUUAAAGCAAGUGCAAAACAAGAUUACCUUUCCUAAAGAACCAAAUGUAUCUCACACUUGUCAAUCCCUCAUCAGUCGUAUACUUGUAGCACAACGUCAACGUUUACUUAUCAGUAAUAUUAAAAAAGACGCAUGGUUAACUAUGUCGAGUGUAGCUAUGCAAACAUCUACUGUAAAUGAAAUAGCGGUAAUACUUUUAUCUUUAGAGAAAAGAUUUAUUUAAUAGAUAAAUAAUAUAUAAUAAUUAAUUCAAAUAUAUUUAAAAAGAACGAUUCUUCUAUGUCACUGGCAAUUAAACCAAUUAAAUCUGAAGAAAAUCAUGUACAAUACAUGAAAACUAUGAACGAUAAAGAUGUACUUAAAAUACAAGAUACAAAAGAUCCCAAGAAUAAUGAUAACACGGAUACAUUUAAAUAUGAUGUUAAUGUUCAAUUACAAACUGCUAUAAUGAAUGAUAUUAAUAAUAA